CAUUUCUUUCAUUACCUAGCUAGUUUCUUCACUAACAUUAUUAAGAAUGUCGAAACAGUUGGUUCUCAUCGCUCUCUGCCUCCUUCCAGUCUUCACCACUGCCUUAGUCUCUAGCAACCCGUUCCGCCUCAAGGGCCGUGUCUAUUGCGACACUUGCAAUGCCGGUUUUGAAACCUCUGCCACCACAUACAUCGCUGGUGCGACGGUUAGAGUCGAGUGCUUGGACAGGUAUACAAUGAGCUUGAAGUACACCCUUAGUGCGGUCACUGAUGCCACCGGGACAUACGAGAUGGAAGUACCAACCGAUCACGGUGAUCAAAAAUGUGAGUGUACCCUCGUGAAGAGCCCAGACAGCAAGUGUGCCCAGCCCAGCAUUGGUCGCAACCGAGCAACUGUCAUCCUUACACGCAACAAUGGCAUGAACAACGAUGCUCGUUAUGCUAACGCUAUGGGUUUCGCGACAACAACUCCAUUGCCCGGAUGCAAGGAGCUCAUCAGAUCUUACUUUGCGGAUGUCUAGAUUUACUUAUUUUCUUAUAUAGUUAUAUUAUUACAUUGAUAUAUCGAUCUUGGUAAAAUGUCCUCAUUUGCUGAAGAAUAAUUACACACUAAUUUAGUGCAUGUUAUAAUAUUGUGUCUUGUUGAUUACUA